UUUAUGUAUUUGCAAAAGAUGGAUCCACUUUAUUGGCCUGCCACCCUAGAGCCCAACUGCUGUGGGUGUGGUGUAAAGUCGGUUCCCCUGGACAGGGGGUCAUUAUAGAUCAACUCAACUGGAAAAGAUACUGAUUGAUGGAGAUGUCCGGCAGUCCGGCUGAGGGCCCACGGAGGACCAGGACUGUAAAAAGGAAGAUGUGGGGGGGGCUGAGGCAAAAAUGGAAGCUACUGGGCCUGUUUGAGAUCGACCAGCAGCAUGAGUUCUACAGCCUCACCUGCAUGAUGAAGGAAGGGCUUUCUGCGGCCGUGCAGAACGCCAUCGACAACCCGGCACCGGAUGAAUUAUCAGAAGAUGACUACAGACUGGAAGUCACUCAAAUACAUAAGGACUUUGUGAUGGAGACUUUUGCCGGGCCAGUGUUUGCCAGCCUGCGACGCUCUCUGGGUAUGACGGAGAAAGACUACCAGGACUCACUCUCCUCCGACGGCUCGUACCUGCAGUUCAUCAGCAACUCUAAAAGCAAGGCAGACUUCUUCCUCACGAACGAUAAGCGUUUUUUCCUGAAGACGCAGAACAAGAGAGAGGUGCAUUUCCUCCUGUCCAACCUGAGAAUUUACAUGGAACACCUAGAGAAGUAUCCCCAUUCACUGCUCGUCAAAUUCUUGGGUGUCCACAGGAUCAAAAUUCCUCAUAGGAAAAAGAAGUACUUUAUUGUAAUGCAGAGUGUUUUUUACCCUGAUGAUCGAAUCAACGCCAGGUAUGACAUCAAGGGCUGCGAGGUGAGCCGCUGGACUGACCCCGCCCCAGAGGGAAGCCAGGUCAUCGUGGUCCUGAAGGACUUGAAUUUUGAAGGCCAGUUUAUCACCCUGGACCAGCAGCGCCCGUGGCUGCUCCGGCAAGUGGAGAUCGACACGUCAUUCCUGCAGAGACUCAACGUGCUGGACUACAGCCUCCUGGUGGCCCAUCAACCCUUGCACCAGGACGAACGCCACCAGGGCCACUCUUUCGCCACCCUUAUCAUGCGCACGAAAAAGUCUUGGUCUUUCAUCACAACAAAACAAAUGACUUCCAGGUCAGUGAUCACUGGCUCAAGCCCCACCAAUGCGGGGACACCCACGGUUCCAGGGGCAGUCCCAGAGGAAGACUCCACCCUGUUGCUGUCGGAGACAGACAACAGAACCGGAAGUCGCAGCGCCGCGGAGUCACAGCGAGGGAGCGACCUCGGCAGUGCCUUUUCAGGAAGACCCUGUACUGAGCAGCCGGCCGGCACGGUAACUGAUUCGAUGGAGCUGCCGGAUUUCCAGGCCCAGAACCGCCGGCUGCUGCCCAACUUCAAGAACCCUCUGCAUGUCAUUGAUGGACCAGACCAACGCUACUUUGUGGGCAUCAUUGACAUCUUCACCGUCUACGGCUUCAAGAAGAGGCUGGAGCACUGGUGGAAGAGACUGCGGCACCCAGGAAAGGCCUUCUCCACCGUCAGCCCCCCCGCGUACUGUCUAAGGCUCUGCCAGUGGGUACGGGACCAUACCAAGUAGACUCGGAAAGGGGGGUGGCAGCGUGGUUUCUCACACUGUUAGGCUGCCUGGUUAUUUUCAUGUUUUCAGAUGUCCAGACCAAACCCAAAACAAACUUAAACCAUCACAUGGAAAUAUAAAAUUACCUUCCACAGACAAACGAGUUCUUCUUUUCAUAUAAUUUAUUAUUUAACAAAUAAAGAGGUGCAGCAUGAAAGUCAGGUGCUAUAAAUAGAAUUUCCUAAGUAUAAUAUAUUAAAAGAAAAUAUAUAUUGAAUUAAUUUAAAUUAGCAAAUCAGUGAUGAAAACCAAAAUGAUUUGACAGAUGUGCCACCUGUUUUUUUGUUUUUGUAUUUUAUACAUUAGACUUGUGGAUUAUAUAUAUAUAUAUAUAUAUAUAUAUAUUGUUUUUUUACAAUUUAGCUUUGCAGUGUUGAUACCUGUACAAUAUGGUUGUCUUUUUUUUCUUAUUAUUUUUUAUUUUUAAAGCUGACCAAGUGAUAUACUCACCCAAUACCACUAUCCAUGAUGGUGGUUCUGCAAGUAUAUACCUUAUAUUGUUUUCACACUUGGUCCCUUUCAGACAAUUUUGGAGAACCCAUUGUGGUUCCCUUAUAUUUUUGGUGCAGUGUGAAUGCACCAAAGAGGUGGUCUGAGUUCGGUUCACUUGAAGUCCCUGGUUCGGUUCUCUUGUCUGGUGCAACGUGAACACAAGGCUUGUCAGGUUUGCUUAUGAAUAUUCCUAUACAAGGCUACUGGAGUGCCAUUUUUCCUGCCUUGGCCCCUUCAGUGCCAUGAAGUAAAAAAAUAUGGUGUGCAGGUUGGCAGUACAAUUUGUUUUAGUUGUUUGUCCUGUAACGUUUUCAUUAUAAUUAGUCUACAGCAUGUUUUUUUUUAAAACAAAUGCGAAGCAUUCUCUUUAAAAGUUUAGUAAUUACAUCCAUAGAUGUCCAAAAACUGUUUCUGACAACAUGGCUUGUCUUGUACUCUGCAUUUACCCUGAAAGCAAUGAGUGAAUGUAGAAAACUCAGACCGCAAAAAUGUUGAAGUGAACUGGCAAGAGAGCCAAAAUAGUGUGAACACAAUGACCACUGACACUAGAGGUCAAAGUGUGUAAACACCCAUUUAUUUAUUUAUUUAUUAAUUGUGCGAUUAUGGCAAGGUCAGCAUGAAGACGUAGGUUUAAAAGUGAUGACAAAUGCCAUUUUAUAAGACUACCUGAUUGUUUGGAUCAAUAACACUUUCUUUAAAAGGAUAGUUCACAGUUGUCCGUGGACAGAAAUGUAUUCUAUUUAACAGAAUUCACUUUACUUCCUUUUUGAAUGUAGCAAAAUGUCAAUGUAUAAUAUAGAAAAAGAAUAGGCCUUUAUUUGAAGACUGGGAUAUGUGGUACUAUUCAUCACAUACUUAACUCUUGUUAAGGUACUCCAUCCAUGCUGUAAUGGUGUGGACGGCUAACUCUUGCCACCACCAAUAUUUUCCCGGCUCAGUUUGUUCACUCCUUCUGUGCCUGUGCCUUCUGUCUGCAAUAGAAAUGUGUUGAAACCUCUGCCCAAUGCAUAAAAAACUUUUAAGGAA